AUGACUAAUUCACCAUUUCCAUAUUUUACUCUUGGCACUAUUGUUCAUGGUUUUGAUCGUGGCAGCAAAGAACUUGGUUGUCCAACAGCAAAUUUUGAUGAAGAUACAGUAAAAAAAUUACCAUCAUCGAUACAUCAAGGUGUUUAUUAUGGAUGGGCAAAAUUAUUAAGACAAAAUGAUGAUGAAAUUUAUAAAAUGGUAGCUAGUGUUGGAAAGAAUCCAUUUUAUCAUGGUGAAAAAAAGACAAUGGAAACACAUAUAAUGCAUUCAUUUUCAAAAGAUUUUUAUGGUGAAACAGUAAAAAUUGUACUUCUAGGUGAAAUACGAAAGAUGACGACAUUUAAAGAUGCAAAUGAAUUAGCUGCUGCUAUUCAAAAUGAUAUAUCAACUGCUAAUACUAAACUUGAUACUGAUGAAUGUCGUCAAUAUCUUAAUCAUUCAUUUUUUCAAUAG